UGUAGUCUCUCUUUUACUGGAGCUGCAACAAAGACCCAGGAAAAAUAAAGCGGAAGAACUGAAAACCAAAUGAAACAAAUCUAGAAAAGAGAAGAGUGACAUAUGGUACUGUCUUGGUGAGCAAAACAGACAUCUGCCAUUCCAAUUAUAGUACUAGCAGUAUAUUGUAGGAUGAACUGAAGCCAGGUUAAAAAUAUUCCUAAAAGAACAGGAAAAGAUGAUGGCAAAAGUGAAUGGAAACUGAAAGACUAGGAAUUGGAAUCAACGUCACGUUCCUCCUAAGAGACCUCAGCAUUUAGCAGGUUGGGGGCGCCUUAUUUCUGACGUUAGGAGUCCCUGGCAGGAAGUCAACGUCCAGGAUCAGAUGCGGGGGACGGGAUCCUAGGCUCCUAGUGGCGCGGAGGAAAGGUGGUGGUAAUCAAAGCCCUGGGUGCGUUUUCCUAGAAGCCUCCAGCGCUCCGCCACCUGUCUGGAGUCGGCCCCCUUCUCGGGCGUCUCCUCUCCUGAGUUUCCUCCUCAUAGGCUUGUCCCUGGAGUGUGGGCGGCCCCAUUCCUGAGCGCUUAAACUCUCACUGCUCCCCCCUCCCGCCCCUUCCUCCUCCUGCACACCAGCCUUUCUCUUUGCCUCAGUCACUUCCUUCCUCAGCCUCUUCCUCCCCAGUGCAUUGAAGAAGAUAACCAGUCCGGAUCGACGCUGCCCUAGUUUUUCCUCGGAAAAGAAAAGAAGCCGGAGAGGGCGCUUCCUUUUGGGGCGCGCCGGGGCGCAUCGACCACCGGGGAGCGCGAGCCGGCAGCGCUGGCAACGGACUUGCGGAGACAAAGGCUUCCGGGAUGCCGCCCUUCCCGGGGAGGCCGCCCCGGCGCCCGCCGUACGCCCCGGAGAAGGGGCCGAACCCCGCGCUCCCCAACUCUGCACUGGCAGCAAUGAAUGUGGAUCACGAGGUUAACCUCUUAGUGGAGGAAAUUCAUCGUCUAGGUUCAAAGAAUGCUGAUGGAAAACUAAGUGUGAAAUUUGGGGUCCUCUUCCAAGAUGACAAAUGUGCCAACCUCUUUGAAGCAUUGGUAGGAACCCUCAAAGCUGCAAAACGAAGGAAGAUUAUUAUGUACCCAGGAGAGCUGCUUUUGCAAGGUGUUCAUGAUGAUGUUGACAUUGUAUUGCUGCAAGAUUAAUGUGGUUUGCAUAGCUUUGUUUAUUAUUUUUGUGUGUGUGUUUCUGAUAAACUGGAAUGUUAAGUCAAAGGACAAACAUUUGAGCAUACUUAAUGUAUUUUUAUAGAACUUUGUAAACAAACAGGGACUCAUAUUUUACAAGUCUGUCCUUUUUUAUAUCUUGAGAGCAAAUUUAUGUAUUACACUGUAAAAUAAACAAAACCCAUUAUUUUUCUCAGGAAUCUGGUUGGAAAAUGUAGGCAGUGAGGCUUUUUUGGUUGGGGUGAGAUUGUUUCAUAAAUCAUUCUUAGACAGUUUCUACAGAUAUUUGACAUUCUGUGAAAUCAAGAAGCAAACUUGAAAGACCAGCUCCCACAAGGAAUAUUAUAAUCUUUAUGUAAUAAAAACAUGUAACUCUC